UUUUUUUAAUUGCCUCCUUUUAUUUUUUCCUUUUUUGUUUUAUUUAUUAAAAGAUUUCAAUUACGGAAUAUUUAUGUAAAUAAUACCACAGGAAGCUCAUAUUGUAGAUUUUCCAAUUUAAGGAUGAAUUUGCCAGAUUAUCAUAGGAGCAACACAGGUGAAAAUAAAUGCAACAGACAAAUCAAUAUGUAAAGAAAUGUCACAGACACACACAGAGAUUGUUUUCCUUUCAAAGCCAAGAGGAAACACUGAUCUCAUUUGGUGCCAUGUACACACUACAAAUCUUUAUGAUUGUAUCUCAGAAACAUUAUAGGAAUAAAUAUUGAUAAUUUCUAUUGGAUUUCUAAAUAUCAGGAUAUGAAAUGGGGACAUAACCUGAGAAAAUAAAUCAUAAUAUGGACACCUUGCGCUCAUGUAUAAAUCCUACAGAUAAGUGAGUAUAGUGAUAUUAAGAGUAUCAUAGAAAUACUAUACAAUAUUGAUGUUUCAUUCAUAACCCACCCAGAGCAGCUUCACUGCUGCAUCAUCAAAGACGCUGAUUGGUCAGCUGGUCCGUGCGCCACGCCCUCAGGUCGCCUUCCGGCCGUUCUGAUUGGGUCCGACGCACCGUCAGUCAGGCGGUUGACGCCCCACCGUCCGAACCCGCUUCUCCCCCUCCUCCUCCCGUAGCAUGUUGGGUUGAGCGGUCGGCUAGGGGACCGUGGACAGCUCCCGUCUGAGGAGCAGAGUAACACAAGAGGAGGAGAGGGCUGGAUAUGGGGGAGCCACCGCACAGGCCCGUAUGAUCGAGAUAAAAACACUUUUUUUUAUGUGCACAAACCGGGUAAAAUAUACAAAGACUGCGAGCUGGAGAGGCCUUAGGAGAACGGGGGAACAACCGAGGGAGUGAAGGAAAAGGGGGAAUACGGCUACUGACCCAUCCCGGCGCAUCAGGGGAGAAGCAGCGAGAGAAAGGAGGAGAAGGAGAGAUAAUUCCGCUCGACCUGAUGGACUGAGAGGACAGAUGAAUGAAGACUGCCUACACUAACGCCUAUAGAUGCCUGGCCAAGGACCUGGACGCUUACGCCAUGAACACGGACAUGACAAUGGACGGCAUUGGCAGCCUGCAUGGCGGGGUGGCGGUGAGCUCCGUGGUCCCUGAUGCGGAGCUGAUGAGCGGCCACAGCCCGCACCACGGCCGCGGGAGCUCCUCUGUAGCGGCGGGGGGACCCGGGGCGGCGGCGGCUGCAGCGGCGGCGGCGGCGUCCACCCUGCGGAUACACCAGGACCUGGCCGCCGCCGCCGCGUCAUCCCGCUCCGCCAUGGUGUCCGGCAUGGCCACGAUACUGGACGGCAGCGGGGAGUACCGGCCGGAGCUGUCCCUGCCGCUGCACCACGCCAUGAGCGUGCCCUGCGACACGUCCUCUCCCGGGAUGGGGAUGAGCGGCACCUACACCACCUUAACCCCGCUGCAGCCGCUGCCCCCCAUCUCCACCGUGUCGGACAAGUUUCACCAUCAUCACCAUCACCACCACCACCACCAGCGGCUCUCCGGGAACGUGAGCGGGAGCUUCACCCUGAUGCGGGACGAGCGGGGACUACCGGGCAUGAACAACCUCUACAGCCCCUACCACAAGGACCACAUGUCCGGGAUGGGUCAGAGUCUGUCUCCGGUGCUGGGCAACGGCCUGGGCUCCAUACACAACACCCAACAGGGUCUCCACAAUUACGGCACGGCGACGCACGGAGGCCACGACAAGAUGCUUAACUUCGACGCGCAUCACACCGCCUCCAUGCUGGCCAGAGGGGACCACCACCAGCACCGAGGCCUCGGUGGCCCGACGGCCGGGAUGAUGCCGCACCUGAACGGGAUGCACCACCCGGGGCACCCGGCUACCUCCCCGGCGGGUCACCACCCCCACCCCCACCUCCAGUCUCCAUCCCACGGGCCCGUGUUGGCUUCCACCCGGGAAAGACCGCCCUCCUCCUCGGGGACGCAGGGGGGGAACAGUUCGGGGCAGCUGGAGGAAAUCAACACCAAGGAGGUAGCGCAGAGGAUCACGGCGGAGCUGAAGAGGUACAGCAUCCCCCAGGCCAUCUUCGCCCAGAGGGUGCUGUGCCGCUCCCAGGGGACCCUGUCGGACCUGCUGAGGAACCCCAAACCCUGGAGUAAACUAAAAUCAGGCCGGGAGACCUUCAGGAGGAUGUGGAAGUGGCUGCAGGAGCCCGAGUUUCAGAGGAUGUCGGCCCUCAGACUGGCAGCGUGCAAACGGAAGGAGCAGGACACAGCGAAGGAGCGCAACAACACACCAAAGAAGUCGCGGCUGGUCUUCACCGACCUGCAGCGGCGCACCCUGCUGGCCAUCUUCAAGGAGAACAAGCGGCCGUCCAAAGAGAUGCAGCUCACCAUCUCGCAGCAGCUGGGCCUCGAACUCACCACCGUCAGCAACUUCUUCAUGAACGCCCGACGUCGGAGCCUGGACAAAUGGACAGACGACGGAGCCAGCCCCGGCGCCCAAUCUUCGGCGUCCAGCACUUGUACCAAAGCGUGAUACUA